GUUCUCAUGGCAGCAGACAGACGAUCGGUUUAUUCGGCCGCGCUAUGGAAAGAGAUGGCAGAUGAAGUUUGAGAUGAAAACAGAGUCUGGCCAGAAUGGAUUUACUACGAAAGAGGCUUGUGAAAAUGGUGACGGAGGGAGUGGGAGAUUGGCAUACACAUGUUUGCUGAUAAACGAACUUCUUGGCGCCAACAUUCAAGAUCUUAGAGACCAAUGUGAUGAGAGAAGAGCGCUCAUUCCAGGAUCAAAUAUCUUUUCCUUGUCACCACUUAGUGCACAAAGCCAAAAGUUGCUUAGUGCACCGAGAAGGUCAAGGAGGAAAAUAUCACCAAUACCCUACAAGACGUUGGAUGCCUCUUAUCUCCAAGAUGACUUGUCCCUCAAUCUUGUUGACUGGUCUUCAGAGAAUGUGUUAAGCGUGGGAUUAGGAACUUGCGUAUAUAUUUUUUGUGCAAGCACAAAUCAGGUUGGAAUGCUGUGUAAUUUAUCUGGAGAUGGCACCUCUGUAACUUCAGUUGCAUGGAAUGAACACGUAAGUAUUGGCCAGACUAUUUUUACUCAGGUCGUUGAAAAGUAUUUCUGUGAAAAUUUCUUGGUAAUUGGCACAUAUCAUGGCUACGUGCAAGUCUGGGACGUUGCCGUAAAUUCCCAAGUUAAUGAGCUGCUGACCCAUCCAGACAGAGUUGGAUUGCUUGCUUGGAAUGGUGGUGAUGUGUCGUCAGGAAGUCGGGAUGGACUUAUCUUACAGUUGUUAUUACUGCAAAAUAGUGUCAUUGUGUUUUUGCAUUGUGACAGCAUGUGGACUGACAUAUAUACCAGUGUUUUGGAGAUAGAUGAAGUCUCCAUUUUCAGCUCUGAAGAUAAAGACAUUUCAUCUCCGCAUCGCAUCACGACCCAGAAGAACAGCAUCAACAUCUUCAUCACGGUUUGCGGCUUGAAGUGGUCUCCAGACAAGCGGAGCCUGGCAUCCGGUGGCAACGACAAUCGCCUGAAUAUUUGGGAUCUGCAUUCAGACUCACCUGUGCAGACGUACACUGAGCAUUUGGCAGCAGUGAAAGCUAUUUCCUGGUCCCCACAACAUCGUGGACUCUUGGCUAGUGGUGGAGGCGCAGCUGAUUGGUGUAUUCGUUUCUGGAACACACUCACAGGACAACCAAAGCAGUGGGUGGACACUGGAUCUGAAGUCUGUAAUCUCGUCUGGUCUAAACAUUCCUCUGAACUGGUAAGUUCCUUGCAUGUCGAUGUGAUCUGCAAUUUGUGCUUGGAACGAUAUCAAAUAAAUUCUUGGGAAAUGAAGUAUACCAUACCUCCCACUGUGGUUCAGAGCACUCAAUUGUUACUUUUAAUUCCAUAUCUUGCCAUGUCUCCAGAUGGAGAAGAUAUUGUAACUGGCGCUGGGGAUGAGACUCUGCGGUUCUGGAAAGUAUUCAGUAAAGAUCGUUCACAGAAGGAGAAGAAACCAUGAGUCCUAGAUCUCUUCACCAGCAUCAGAUGAAGAAUCUCCAGAUGUUGCAUAAUGCAUUGAUCUUUUGUUCUUAUUGUGUUUUAUUAUGUUGUUCUAAUUAAUUGUUUUUUGUGAUAAUAUAUUGGUUGAUGUUAUUAAUACA